UACCUGGUUACCUAGUGAGGCCGCGGUGGCCGAGUUGUAAGGUGUCCCGAUACUUUAUUACUAGCUCUCCACCUCUCUGGAUUGUGAAUACGAAACCCAGGAUACCUACCUGUGACUCUAUGUGGUGUUGCUAGCCAUAUAUUAGCCGAAAAGUUGACCCCGUGAGGAAUAUGUAAUGGUACAAACGGACCAAGGAAGAGACGAACCAGGCAAGGACGACGUCACGGUGUCAAAGAACAAUUUGGACGGAGGAUGGGGAUGGGUUGUAACGUUCUCUUCAUUCAUGCUCAACUUCCUGGUGGAUGGGGUUUGCUACACCACUGGCGUCUUCUACCCAACCUUGCUUACAUACUUCGGUGGGAGCAACGCCAAGACAAUGCUACUCAGCUCUGUGAUAAACGGGCUCUCCUUUUUACUGGGUCCAGUGGCGGGGGCAUCCGUAAACAGGUACGGCUGCCGAAAGGUGACAAUCGUGGGCAUUUUUAUUGCAAGUAGCGGUCUGUUUCUCUCCACCUUCUCCCCAAACCUUGACGUCAUGAUUCUCCUGUACGGUGUUGUCGGAGGCAUUGGGUUCGGACUUGUGUAUACUCCCACUAUUGUGAUUGUAAGUUACUACUUCGAACGACGCCGGGCUCUUGCUACAGGGAUUGCCACAUGUGGAUCAGGCAUUGGCGGGUUUGUGUUCGCCCCAUUGUCUGUUCUUCUCCUGGAGACGUUCGGCUGGAAAGGAGCCAUGUGGAUCAUCACGGGCAUUGUACUCAAUGGAAUCGUGUUUGCUUCUUUCUAUAGGUCAGAGUAUCCGCUGAAAGUGAAAGAUGCCAUCGAAACUAAGUCCCAUGGGAAAAUGACUAUGAAAGCCAAAUGUAUAUCAUUUGGAAAGACGUUCGACUGCUCAAUGUUGGCGAGUCCUUCAUUCAUCCUGUACUCUACAUCCUGUUUCCUGGUGUCUGUUGGAUUUUUCAUUCCCUUUAACUGUCUGCCAGCCCUGGCCAGUGGGCUUGGCAUGACGGCUGGAGAGGGAGCGCUAUUAAUAUCUAUCAUAGGAAUAUGUAACACCGCCUCAAACGUGUUGUUUGGAUUCCUGAUCGACCUGCCCUGUGUUGACAACAUUUUAACUAAUAAUAUCGUACUAGUGGUCGGAGGAGUGGCCACAUUUCUGGUACCUUAUUAUCGCGUAUAUGGAGUCCUUGUUGUCUACUCGGCUGUGUUUGGAACCAUGAUAGGGGCAUUUGAACUGUUAAAUUCAAUACUGAUGGUGGAAAUAAAGGGCUUAGAGAGACUUUCUAACGGGUUUGGUCUGCUGAACAUGUUUAUCGGCUUCGCUAGUAUAGCUGGUUCACCUAUCGCAGGGUCCCUGGCAGAUGCUACAGGCAACUAUAACGAUUCGUUCUACUUUGCCGGAGGUGUGAUAACUGUAGCUGGUAUUCUUUGUCUUCCACUCAGAAGAAUCCUAAGAUGGGAGAAAACAAGACAUUCAAAAAAACUUCAAAAGAAAGAACAAAAUUCUUCGGUCGAAAUAAAUACAACGAACGAAGAUCCAAUCUGAUGAUUAGAAAAUUAUUUCAGGUAGCAUCUUCGAUUCUUUAACGUCGAAUAUCAAUUUCGUCGUCAAUGCACCACAAUCUUCAUGAUGAAGCAGGGUGUGCAUUUGGAGUAAUAUUCUAUUUUCGCAAAUAUUCCAGUGCGUUAUAGGUAAUAUUCUAAUGCCGCAAAUAUUCCAGUGCAUUAUGGGUAAUAGUCUAAUUACGAAAAUAUUCCAGUGCAUUGUGGGCAAUAUUCUAAUUCUUCAAAUAUUCCGGUACAUUAUGGGUAUUAUUCUCAUUCCGCAAAUAUUCCAGUGAAUGCGUAAUAUUCUAAUUUCGCAAAGAUUCUCGUGAAUUAUGGGUAAUAUUCUAACUUCACAAAUAUUCCAGUGCCCUAUGGAUAAUAUUCUAAUUUCGCAAAUAUUUCAGUGAAUUAUGGGUAACAUUCUAAUUUCGCAAAUAUUCAAGUGCAUUAUGUGUAAUAUUCUAAUUUCACAAAUAUUCCAGUGAAUUAUGGGUAAUGUUCUAACUUCACAAAUAUUACAGCGUGCUAUUGAUAAUAUUCUAAUUUGGCAAAUAUUUCAGUGGGUAAUGUUCUAAUUUCGCACAUAUUCCAGUGAAUUAUGGGAAAUAUUCAAAUUCUGCAAAUAUUCCAGUGCAUUGUGGGUAAUAUUCUAAUUUCGCAAAUAUUCCAGUGCAUUAUGGGUAAUAUUCUAAUUCGCAAAUAUUUCAGUGCGUUAUUUGCAAUAUUCUAAUUUCGCAAAUAUUCCAGUGCAUUGUGGGUAAUAUUCUAAUUCCGCAAAUAUUCUAGUGCAUUAUGGGUAAUAUUCUAAUUCAUCAAAUAUUCCAGUGCAUUAUGGGUAAUUUCCAAAUUCCGCAAAUAUUUCAGUGCAUUGUGGGCAAUAUUCUAAUUUCACAAAUAUUCCAGUGCAUUAUGGGUAAUAUUCUAAUUCCGCAAAUAUUCCGGUACAUUAUGGGUAUUAUUCUAAUUCCGCAAAUAUUCCAGUGAAUUAUGCGUACUAUUCUAAUUUCACAAAGAUUCUCGUGAAUUAUGGGUAAUAUUCUAACUUCACAAAUAUUCCAGUGCCCUAUGGAUAAUAUUCUAAUUUCGCAUUUACAGCAUUUUGGAAUUUGGCAAAGGUGAACAAACAUCAGUUACAUUGUAUAUGGUUAUAUUUACAUUUGUCUGGCAUUGUCACUGUAUAGUCUGUUUGAGAGUUCUAGUAUUGAUGUAUGUUUAAAUGCCGUCCAUCAUGCGCUACACUUAUCAGCGUAUUAAUACAACACAAACCGAAACUACAAUAUCAAGGAUAAACAAAUAUAAUUAAGCUUAAUGACUAUUAAUUUUGUCUACAUCAUUUGUUAUAAAAAAAAUAUGCCAUUUGCGCAUUAUGUUGAUAAUAAAAUUAUUAACAAAA